CGCUAGCAAAAUGUACUGCCUUUGCCGUUCGUCGAAAACCAUCACGGUGCGGAUCGUGCUGCUGGACGAGACGGAUUUUCUUCACGAACUACAGGACGAUCUACCCGGCCAAGCCCUGCUGGAUGUGGUUUUUGCGCGCCUGAAUCUGAUAGAGACUGCCUACUUUGGGAUCCGGUACAUCGAUCAGGACAAUCAGACGCAUUGGCUGGAUCCGGGUGCAAGACUUUCUCGCCAGCUGAAGGCGGGCAAAGUGCCGUACGAUUUAUACUUUGGUGUCAAGUUCUACGCCUGCGAUCCUUGCAAGCUUGUCGAAGAAAUUACUAGGUAUCAGCUGUAUUUGCAGGUGAAGCAAGACAUCCUUCAAGGACGAUUGCCCGUUUCGUUUGAGCUUGCCGCCGAACUGGGAGCGUAUGUUGUGCAGGCCGAGCUUGGUAACUAUGAUCCACGCAAACAUCCGCCCGGUUACGUGUCGGAGUUCCGGUUGCUCAACAACCAAACGAAGGAAAUUGAAAGUCGUAUCCAUGAGCUACAUAUUCAGCUGGAAGGAAUGUCUCCGUCGCAGGCAGAGUUCAACUAUCUGGACAAAGUCAAGUGGCAUGAUAUGUACGGUGUCGAUCUACAUCCGGUGCUGGGUGAAGACAGUGUGGAAUAUUUUCUCGGCCUAACGCCGGGUGGCAUUGUGGUGCUGCGUAAUAAAACUACCGUCGCACACUACUACUGGCCUCGGAUAGCGAAGGUCUACUACAAGGGACGAUACUUUAUGCUUCGCGUCUGUGAUAAAAACAAUGAAGUUAGUACUUACGGUUUCGAAACACCAAAAAAGAGCGCCUGCAAGCAUCUGUGGAAAUGUUGCGUGGAACAUCAUUCGUUCUUCCGCCUGGUACGGGUAGCACCGAUGCAGGCCACCGGCACACUUGCCAGCAAGUACAGUGCACGUUCGGAGCGUCAAUCGAUGAAGGACCUCUCGACGCAACAGCGAGUCCCGCCAGCGUUUACCAGGACACCUUCCCGCCGGCAGCCGCGACGCGUAAUGAACGAUCCACCGACCGAGGACAAGAUGUUCGAUGCACCGAAGUACAUUCAGCAGGAAAUCAAAUCCGUUUCUAUACCUCAACCGGCACAGUCCUUUGAGAGCCCUUAUCGUUCUACUUGCAGCAUACCGGCUGCAUUGAAUGGUACUACCGGUAGCAAAUCGCAAGCCCCCGUCCCACCGGACUCACCGCGCAGUACUCGCAGUGCGCCCUGGAUGCGUUCCCAGCAGCGUGGUUUGUUCGGGAUCAACUCCAGUCCCAAGUCGGUACGUUCUGCGUCCACCCGUAUGAGUGCACCGGCGAACAACAGCCGGAUGCGUUCGAGCUCGGUUGAAAGCCACUCGUCGAACGAGUCGCGCUCGGGACGUAGACGCCGGCACAGGAGUCGCCGGGUGUCUGACAAUGAGAGUGAAAUGAGUCGCGGUUCAGGACGGUCGGGACGUUCGCACAACUCGCACCGGAAGCAUCGACGCCAUCGCUCCAAGAAUCGACGCAAUCGAUCCGAUACGGAGAGCCGUGAUCGUAGCUACUCCGGGCAUCGUCGAUCAACGGAUUCGAUCGAGCUGGUUGAUUCGGGUGAGCAGUGGUUGGAGGUACAGCGCAAACAGCACUCCGAUGCCGUACCGAAAGCGGCCGUCAUCAAGAGCAGUCAGGUGAUGAAGGGUACGCAUCCGGAUUCGGGCAUUAUACAGCAUCAUCAUCGUAGCCGGCGCCACCGCAAACAUCGAUCACCCUCGGAGAAGAUCUGGUCGAGCGAGUUGACGAAGCAUCUGCAGUUCGAUCUGGUCGAUACGACCGGCAUGACGGAGGAUCAGUUGCGCGAGAUACCUUACACGGUUGUGGAGACGAAUCAUGCCGCCAAAAAGCCCAACACACUCAAGGUGCACAAAACUAGUCAUCAAUCGUCGACCUCGUUAACGCACCAUCUGCAUCACCAUCAGCCGCACCAAGCGAGCAACAAUCGUAUCGAUCGGAUACGGGACCCGUACUCGAAGGGUGGCGAUGGCAGUUUGGUGGAGAACGGCAUUAACGGUGGCUCGAUACGAUCGGCUAGUACGAUCAGUUCGUCGAGGGAUUAUGAUCGCAACUCGGGGCUUAUAAGGAUGAUGUCGAGUAUGAGUAUGGGGGACUUCAUAUCGCCGACUGGAUCAAGUCUGAGUCCGCUGGACAGUUCAGGAUUGCGUGUAUCGCAUGAGCAUACCGAUUCGGGUCUUGGAGCCGAUCAGGAUUAUGCGUACUCCUCGGAAAGAUCCAGCGACAGUGCCAAGUACGGUACGAACAAAUCUUCCGGAGCAUCCGUCACGUCGGGUCACACGAAGUCAUCUUCGUCGAACACGAUGAAGUCACACCAUCACACAGUGAGUAGUAGGAAACCUCCGCUCUGUCCAGGUCGUAGUGGGGCAUUGCAAACCAACCCUCCUUCAGCUAUAACUCAGCAACCCCAGUCACAACAGCAACAACAGCCAACACAGCAGCAGCAACAGCAAACACACAUUCAGAGCAAAUUUUCCUCGGUACCUGGUGUACAUAGCGCGAAUGGCAGUAACAGUCGCUUGAUUAAUACUAACAACACACACUAUCAAAACAAUCACUACACCUUCAGUCUAACCCGAAACCCUCACCAGACACAUCAACUUCAGCAUCAUCAUCAUCAUCAGCAGCAACAACAACAGCAGCAUCAUCAGUAUCGGCACAAUUUCACUAACAAUCUGGGUGGUCGUGGCCAUCCGGCCGGUGGUGUGGGUAGUAUAGGCAGCGGGUUAAGCACUAGCACAUACCUGGACACGGUGGCAACGCUCUCGUCAUCUGCCGCACCCUACCACUACUUCUUCGAUGGGACCGGUUUCCGGUCGAACGUCGGCCCGUCCGGAACCGGAAUUCAUGCGCUCGGUGGCUCGGCUGUUGGUGGGUCCCGUGGUACCAAGUCCGACAUCGGCGUACCAAUACGCCCCAAGCGCCACUAUCAACAGCUUCAUCAGCAGCAACAGGCACACCAGUACAAUAUUACCAGUGUGCACAAUUUUAGCCGCACGUCCGUUGCGACCGGUGCGGACCGGAAGCAGCGAAACCCGAUGGUACAGUCACCAUCGUUCAACAAGUCAAUCGACUAUCUGGAAAACUAUAAGACUGGCGUGGAAAGACUUAACCAGGGCAACGGUAGCCUAAACAAUAACAAUCCGGAAAGUUUCACCGGACUGCUCGGCAUGGGUGCCACCGGCAGUCAGAAUGUGCUGAACAACAAUAACAAUAAUAACAUCAACGGACAGUCGACGGGUAGUAAUGGUCCUUGGGAGGUUAUCAACCAAGGUACCAAGGGUGAGGGGGUGAUCGGUGAUCAGGUUGGUCCGCUGAUUUGUUUCGAUUCGAACCGUAACCAGGAUGGGACACGGCCGGAACUAGAGCAAACCGUGACACGUGACGCUAGCAGCCGUCAGUGUGAGGGCACUAAUGCCACCCGGUCCGUGGGUGCCCCGACGACAGGCGGUGGCGAAAAUGGCAACAUGCAAACCGAGCGGGGUGUAAACGGUUCACCUGCCGCCGGCCAACAGUCGGCCAACGGUAGUGGGAUGCAGGGUGGUGCACAGGGUGCGCGUAACAGUCCGACCAAAGCGGGCACCGAUUCGGUGCGAUUGACCAAACCCAGGGCCCUGGUCGGGUCCAGCCCGGCACGGUUCGGUCUCGGUAAGAACAGCAACCAUCGUUCGUCCAGCUUAGAACUGAUACUAACACCUAUCAUACAGAGCCGACGGUAA